AUGUUGGUGACGUCACAGGAAGCAAAGAAGUCAGUGUUAGAAGAUAGCAAACGUACAGGAGGUCAUAAACAAUAUUUGAGAAGUACUUCCAUCCAGUGCUGCUUGUGUUUACUUCUGAACAGUCAUUUUUUAACUGAGGCUGGCAUUCAUGUCUUCAUUGUGGGUUGUAUCAGUGCAGGUCUUCCUAAAACAGAAGCAAACUGGCAGCAUGUAAUAAGUGAUUUGAAAAGAAUUGAAGAUCUUAUUCAAUCUAUACAUAUGGAUGCCACUUUAUAUACUGAAAGCAAUGCUCAUCCCAGUUGCAAAGUAACAGUGAUGAAAUGCUUUCUUCUGGAGUUACAUGUUAUUUUGCGUGAGUCCAGAAAUUCCGACAUUAAUGAUACAGUAGAAAACCUUAUCAUCCUAGCAAACAGCAGUUUAUCUUCCAUUGAGUAUAAAACUGAAUCGGGAUGCAAAGAAUGUGAGGAGCUGGAGGAAAAAAAUAUUAAAGAAUUUUUGAAGAGUUUUGUACAUAUUGUGCAAAUGUUCAUCAACCCUUCUUGA